UGAAAGUGGAAAAUGGAAAGGAAAAAAAAAAACACAUAUAGAGGACCCCACCAUUUAGGCAUAGCUAUCAUUAAACACAAAGACUAACAACUCAUGAAAUGAUUUGAUCAUAGAUCAAAAAACAAGGCCGGCUCUACCCCAUCAAUUUCAAGAUUCUCCUAAAAUAUUUGUGUAUAUAUAGUCAACUGUCCAUUUGAUAUCCUUCUCCAUCAAGGCAAAAGAAAUGGUGUUUCUAAGCACAGCAAUUCAACAAUCAAUAGUAGAACUAAUAAGGUUGCCCAUAGCCCCAACCAUAUGCACUAUCUUAGCCUUAGUAGUUGGUGUUUUGGUCUACAUGUAUGGACCUUAUUGGCGGGUGAGAAAGGUACCUGGUCCUCCAUCUUUCCCCCUUGUAGGACACCUCCCUUUGAUGGCUAAGUAUGGACCUGAUGUCUUCUCUGUCCUGGCCAAACAAUAUGGUCCUAUCUUCAGAUUUCACAUGGGCAGACAGCCAUUAGUUAUUGUAGCAGAUGCAGAGCUGUGUAGAGAAGUUGGGAUAAAGAAAUUCAAGUACAUACCAAAUAGAAGCAUCCCAUCUCCCAUUGCAGCAUCCCCUCUUCAUCAGAAAGGCCUAUUUUUUACUAGGGACUCAAGAUGGUCAACAAUGAGAAACACUAUUCUAUCAGUCUACCAGCCAUCUUACCUUGCUAAGUUAGUGCCAAUCAUGCAAUCAUUUAUAGAGUCUGCAACUAAAAAUCUUGAUUCUGAGGGAGAUGUCACAUUCUCUGAUCUUUCCCUCAAGUUAGCAACAGAUGUAAUUGGACAAGCUGCUUUCGGUGUGGAUUUUGGACUCUCCAAAUCAAUAUCAGACAAAAUAAACCAUCAUCAAGAUGAUAGUGAAGUGCAGGAAUUCAUCAAGCAGCACAUUUACUCCACAACACAACUCAAAAUGGACUUAUCAGGUUCUGUUUCAAUCAUACUCGGCUUGCUUGUUCCGAUUCUUCAAGAGCCAUUUCGCCAAGUACUCAAAAGAAUCCCGGGCACUAUGGACUCGAAAGUGGAAAGAACAAACAAGAAUUUAAGUAGUAGGCUGGAUGAGAUAGUGGCAAAGAGGACGGAGGAAAAAGAUCGUGGCUCAAAAGACUUCUUGUCGCUUAUACUGCAGGCAAGGGAGUCAGAGAAGUUAGCUAAGAAUGUUUUCACCUCAGAUUAUAUCAGUGCUGUAACUUAUGAGCACUUGCUGGCGGGUUCUGCAACAACAUCCUUUACUUUGUCUUCUAUCAUCUAUCUGGUUGCUCUCCAUCCAGAGGUUGAACAGAAGUUGCUUGCAGAGAUAGAUGCUUUUGUCCCUGAUGAUCACAUACCCACUGCCAAUGAUCUUCAGCAGAAAUUCCCAUACCUUGAUCAGGUAAUCAAAGAAGCAAUGAGGUGUUACGUUGUCUCGCCCUUAGUUGCCAGAGAAACAUCAGCUGAGGUGGAGAUUGGAGGCUAUAAACUUCCUAAGGGAACAUGGGUUUGGUUGGCUCUUGGAGUUCUUGCUAAGGACCCAAAGAACUUCCCUGAACCAGAGAAAUUUAAACCAGAGAGGUUUGAUCCAAACUGUACAGAGGAAAAACAAAGGCAUCCUUAUGCAAAUAUUCCCUUUGGAAUAGGGCCACGAGCAUGCAUAGGACAGAAGUUCUCCAUACAGGAAAUCAAACUGUCACUGAUUCAUUUAUAUCGCAAGUAUAUUUUUCGACACUCUCCCCUCAUGGAAAGCCCAUUGGAACUUCAGUAUGGCAUUGUCCUUAACUUUAAGCAUGGUGUCAAGGUUCAAGCUAUCAAGCGUAAAUGAAACAUUCGAACAUCAUCUCUAAUCGUUGAUAUAUCAAGCGUAAAUGAAACAUUCGAACAUCAUCUCUAAUCGUUGAUACAAGAGACAAGAAAUGCAUACUUGUAACUUCCACUAUUUCAAAUGCAACUACGCAUUUCAUAAUAGAAAUAUUGCCUGUAACUCCAUUUUUUAUGACAUAAAAAAUGUGUGAGUCACUGCGUAAAGGUUCUGGUUUC